AUGACGGGGAGGAAAAUCAGAAAAGGGGGGCAUCGGCCUCCUCCACCUCCCGGGUUCCUGGGCUGUGCCCUCCUGGCGGUGGUGCUGGGGGGCAGUGUGGAUUUGGGGGGUCCGCCGGCGGGCUUCUACCCGCGCUUCAACCCCUUCUUCUUCCUGUGCACCCACCACGGCGAGCUGGAGGGGGGCACCGUGGCCGAGGGCACGGGCGAGGUGCUGCUCACCUUGCAGAUCGCCGGCAACCCCUCCGCCUACAUCCCAGGACAGGAGUACCAGGUGACCAUCUCGACCAGCACCUACUUCGACGGACUGCUGGUGACCGGUCUCUACACGUCCACGACCGUCCAAGCGGCACCCAUCCCCGCCCCGGCCGCCUUUGGCUUUGGUGUGAUGUCGGAGCGGCAGUUUGGGACCCAGUUUGUGUGCAGCGUGGUGGCGUCCCAUGUCAGCCACCUGCCCACCACCAGCCUCAGCUUCGUCUGGAUCGCCCCUCCGGCCGGCACCGGCUGCAUCAACUUCCUGGCCACAGCCACACAUCGAGGACAGAUCAUCUUCAAGGACGCCCUGGCCCAGCAGCUGUGUGAGCAGGGAGCUCCCACAGAAUCUCCAGUGAGGCCCAGCUUAGCGGAGGUGCAUGGAACCCACGCUGUGCUCCGAGACGACUUUGACUCCAACCUUCUGGCAGAGCUCGACUUCAGCAUCUGGUCCGAGUGCAGUAACUGUGAGGUGGGGGAGCAGUGUGGUGUUCUGAUGCACGGCAGAACGGUCACCUUCUGCGAGCCGUUCGGACAGAGAGAUCUGACCAGCGUGCCUCUCAACACCAGCACCGCCUCCGUCCUGCAGUUCGCUCUGGGCUCCGGCUCCUGUCGCUUCAGCUACUCUGACCCCAGCAUCAUCGUUGCGUACAGCCUGAACAGCUCCGAUGACUGGAUCACCCUGGAGAAGAUCAGGGCCCCGUCUAACAGUAGCACGGUGGUGCACCUGCUGCCGAUGCCGCUGGGCUCCAGAGGGGAGGGCGUGCGGCUGCGCUGGGCCCAGGAGCCGAGCUCCAGCCCUGACGGCUACGAGUCCUGCUGGGGGCUGGACAAUGUGCUGCUCAUCAACGCCGCCCACAGGCCCAACCUGCUGGAGGACACACUGGACCCUCCCGACACAGCCAACUGGCUCUUCUUCCCCGGCGCCACAGUGAAGCAUGCCUGCCAGUCGGAGGGGAACGCCAUGUACUUCCACGGGGGGGAUGGCCACAGCUUUGCGUCCACACGCGACAUUGACCUGCACCGAGAGGAGGGCCGCAGCUAUUGGGAGGAAGACUUUGAGAACGCACCCAGUGGGUGGGACAUCGAGGGGGCCGUGUACGGGACGCAGUGCGGAGAGGUGGAGUCCGGCUCGGCCCUGGUGUUCCAGAAGGACGGCCUGAGGAAGGUGUGCACUCCAUACCUGGACACCACCACCUACGGCAACCUGCGCUUUCACUUCACAAUGGGAGGCGGUGAGUGUGACCCAGGAGAGUCCCAUGAGAAUAACGUCAUCCUGUUUGGCCGCUCCGAAGGACGCAGGGAGCACGUGCUGCUGGACACACUGCCUUACUCCGCCUACAGGACUCCGGCCGUGGUGUCAGUGGCGUUGCCGACGGAGCUCCAGACUCCGGUGACUCAGUUCUGUCUGGGCAGCUCCCACUUGAUUGGAGCCGGACGCCACGCCUAGACCAUCCUGCAGCUGCUGCCCGUCUUACCCGGUGCCCACACACACGUGGCACAGUUCUCCAUCAACCUGGGCUGCGGCUCGUACCAGCCCGCCAACAGUGUCAAUCUGGAGUUCUCCACCAAUCAGGGGCGUUCCUGGUCCCUCCUCCACACUGAGUGCCUGCCUGAUCUGUGUGCCGGACCACACCUCCCCCACAGCACCACCUACUCCUCAGAGAACUACAGCGGGUGGACGAGGAUCUCGAUCCCUCUGCCCAAUGCUGCCCUGACCGAAGGCACACGCUUCCGCUGGAGACAGAUGGGCACAGGACCUGCCAACAUGUGGGCCAUUGACAACGUGUACAUCGGGCCAUCCUGUCUGCGGUUUUGCUCCGGGAGAGGACACUGCUCUCGCACUGGCUGCAAGUGUGAUCCAGGGUUCAGCGGUCCGGCGUGUGAGCUGGCCUCUCAGACGUUCCCGGCGUUCCUGUCGGAGGGCUUCUCCAGCCCGCGCCUCUCCUCCUACCACAGCUUCUCCUCGCUGCGCGGCGCAGAAGUCAGCUUUGGCUGCGGCGUCCUGGCCAGCGGCAAGGCCCUGGUGUUCAACCGCGACAGCAGGAGACACCUGGUCACCACCCCUCUGGACAGCUCACAGGCCAGGUACCUCCAGUUCACGCUGAGGCUGGGUAGUCGCAGCACACUGAGCUCCUGCCCGGCUCCUGACCAGCCUGGUGAGGGCGUGCUGCUGCACUACUCCUCUGACAACGGUAUCACCUGGACACUGCUGCAGCACUACGCCUACCAGGGCUUUCACGAGCCCAGGAUUGUGUCCGUGGAGCUGCCCCCUGGCGCCCGUAAGUUUGGCGUGCAGUUCCGCUGGUGGCAGCCAUACCACUCGGGGCGCGGGCAGGACGUGUGGGCGCUGGACGAGAUCACCAUGACCUCCGUGCUCUUCAACACCAUCAGCCUGGACUUCAGCAACGUGCUGGACGUCACCCAGAGCCUGGGCUUCUACCUGGGCCACGUACAGCCCUAUUGCGAACAUGACUGGACACUCAGCUUCUCCGGAGAGCCCAGCCCCGGCUCCAGCAUCCGCUACGUGGAGACGCAGUCCAUGCAGAUCGGGGCCUCCUACACGCUGCAGUUCUCCCUGGUCAUGGGCUGCGGCCGCGAGCCCUCGCCCCACAUCGACACGCAGGUGCGCCUCGAGUUCUCCACCAACCACGGACUCACCUGGCACCUGGUCAAAGAGGCUUGUCUCCCAGGGAUGCCCAGCUGCUCUGAGUACACAGCGCCCAGCAUCUACCAUCCCUCAGAGUUCAGCAACUGGAGGAGAAUCACCCUGCCCCUGCCACACAAGACAUGGUCCAGUGCCACACGCUUCCGCUGGAUCCAGAACUACUACAGUGAGCAGGACGAGUGGGCGCUGGAUGAUAUCUACAUCGGGCAGCAGUGCCCACAGAUGUGCCACGGCCACGGCUGGUGUGACCACGGACACUGCCGGUGUGAUGAGGGCUUCUCUGGGGCCGACUGCCAGCCUGCCUCUCAGCUGUCCUCCAGCGUCGUGUCCGACUUCGAGUCUCAGGACACCCUGCUGUCCACCUGGCAGGAGGUGAUUGGUGGAGAGGUCAUGACCCCAGAUGAGGGCUGCGGCGUGGUCUCCUCUGGCUCCUCCCUGUACUUCAGCAAGGCUGGACUGAGACAGCUGGUGAGUUGGGAUCUGGACACCGAGUGGGCGGAGUUUGUGCAGUUCUACCUGCGCGUGGGCGGGGAUUGGGCAGAGUGUAACCAGGCGGAUAGCCGCGAGGAGGGAGUCCUGCUGCAGUACAGCAACGAUGGGGGCAUCAGCUGGGGUCUCAUCGCCGAGAUGUACUUCACCGACUUCACCAAACCCAGAUUUGUCCACUACGAGCUGCCCCUGGCGGCUAAGACGCCCUGCACCCGCUUCCGCUGGUGGCAGCCACUCCACUCGGGCGAGGGCUACGACCAGUGGGCCAUCGACGACAUCAUCAUCCUGUCGGAAAGAGAGAAGCACAUCAUCCCCAUGGCCAACCCCACCCUCCCUCAGAACUUCUAUGAGAAGCCGGCGUUUGACUACCCGCUGAACCAGAUGAGCGUGUGGCUGAUGCUGGGCAACGAGGGCAUGGAGAAGGAGCACAAUGGCAGCUUCUGCGCGCCCACGCCCUCCGCCAUGGUGUUCGGACGCUCCGAUGGCGACAGGGUGGCUGUGACCCGGGACCUGGCACUCCGGCCUGGAUACACCCUGCAGUUUAAGCUGAACAUUGGCUGUGAGUCCCAGUUCAGCACGUCGGCCCCGGUGCUUCUGCAGUACUCCCAUGACGCUGGACGCACCUGGGCACUGGUGCGGGAGGGCUGUUACCCAGGAUCCCCUGGGGUCGGGGGCUGCGAGGGCAGCUCUCGGGAGCUCCGGGAGCCCACCGUCUACAACACUGGGGACUACGAGCGCUGGACCAGAGUCACCGUGGUCAUCCCCCGCAAUGUGGCCGCCAGUAAAACGCGGUUCCGCUGGUUCCAGGAGAGCAGUGUGCAUCGCGACGCUCCGGCCUUUGCUCUGGACGGCGUCUACAUCUCCGAGCCGUGCCCCAACCACUGCGGCGGCCACGGGGACUGCAUCUCAGGGGUCUGCUUCUGUGACAUGGGCCACACGGUGGAGCAGGACAGCUGUGUGCCAGCCGUGGCCAGUCCCACAGAGCUGGCCGAGGGCUUCGAGGGGAAGCUGAGCCCGCUGUGGCAGAGCCUGAGUGGGGGACAGAUCGGCAGCGGCUGUGGCUCCAUCAGCGAGGGCAAGGCCCUCUACUUCAGCAGCUCCGGGCGGAGAGAGGCCCGCACCGUCCCCCUGGACACCACCAACACACGGCUGGUUCAGUUCUACAUCCGCAUUGGAUCAAAGAGCCUUGGAGCCACUUGCACUCGCCCUCGCUCCCGCAACGAAGGGGUGAUCGUCCAGUUCUCCACCAACAACGGCGUGCAGUGGCACUUCCUGCGCGAGCUGGACUUUAGCUCCUUCCUGGAGCCCCAGGUGGUGACCAUUGAGCUACCGCCCGCUGCCAAGACCCCCUACACUGCCUUCCGCUGGUGGCAACCUCAGCAGGGUAAGCACUCGGCCCAGUGGGGCCUAGACGAUGUCCUGAUCGGGAUGAAUGACAGCAGCAGGGCUGGCUUCCACGACAAGUUCGACGGCACGUCCCCGCUCAGACACAACUGGUACCGCUUACAGGGCGGCGAGGUGGCCAUGGACUGCCUGUCCCUGGACACAGCCCUCGCCUUCAACUCCGAGACCAGUGACAAGAAACCCCGUUAUGCGGAGAGCUGGGAUUUCGAGGUGUCCGGCUCGUCCUUUCUGCAGUUUGACCUGAGCAUGGGCUGUAGCAAGGCAGUGAGCCCGGCCCACGGCGUGCGCCUGGAGUUCUCCACCGACUGCGGCCGCCACUGGAGCCUGCUGACCCCCGAGUGCGUGCCGCCCGCCAUCGGCUGUGCCAGCUACACCCAGAGCUCCAUCUACAGUGCCCCCCAGUACGCACGCUGGAGGAGGGUCAACGUCUACCUGCCCAGCGCUGCCAACUCCCCCAGGACGCGGUUCCGUUGGAUCCAGCCCCACUUCACCCCUGGGGUGGACGGCUGGGCUCUGGACAACGUGCUGCUGGCGCCGGGCUGCCCCUGGAUGUGCUCUGGCCACGGCCUGUGUGAUAACGGACGCUGUGUCUGUGACCGGGGUUAUGGCGGUGCCCACUGCGUGCCCCUGGCCCCGCUGCCCUCCGUGCUGAGGGACGACUUCAACGAGAACCUGCAGCCGGAGCAGUGGCCAGAGGUGUACGGGGCGGAGCGAGGCACUCUCAGCGGAGAGCCGCUCAAGUCCGGCACCGCCCUCAUCUUCAAAGGGGAUGGUCUUCGCAUGCUGGUGUCACGAGAUCUGGACUGCACCAGCACACUGUACAUCCAGUUUUCAUUCAAGUUCAUCACCAAAGGUGUCCCAGAGCGCUCCCACUCUGUGCUGCUGCAGUACUCGGUGAAUGGCGGCAUCAGCUGGAACCUGCUGGAUGAGUUCUACUUCCCCACCUCCACGGACACGCUGUUCCUGCACCUGCCCCUGCCCGCCAGCGCCCAGACCAACGCCACACGCUUCAGAUUCUGGCAGCCCUACAACAGCGGAAAAAAGGAGGAGGUGUGGGUGAUUGAUGACCUCAUCAUCGAUGGCAGCUCCCUCAACAACCCUCCUGUGCUAUCAGAGAGCUUCGAGGGCGGGCCUCAGGAGUACAACUGGCUCUUCUUCCCCGGGGGCAACACUGGACUCUACUGCCCCUACCAGAAGGGCGGCAUGCAGGAUGACUCGGUCAUGGUGUUUUUGUCCAGUGAGCUGGGCGAGCACUCCAUCACCACCAGGGACAUAGAUGUCAAUGAGAACACCAUCAUCCAGUUUGAGAUUAACGUGGGCUGCACGGCGGAGAGCUCCUCCUCUAACCCGGUGAGUCUGGAGUUCUCGCGGGACUUUGGCGCCACCUGGCACCUGCUGGUGCCCCUGUGUGCGGGCGGGCCCCAGCCCAGCUCGCUGUGCUCCACGGAGCUGCACCCCGCCAGCGUCUACUACCCUGGCACCACCCAGGGCUGGAGGCGCGAGGUCAUCCACUUCGGCAAACUGCGCCUCUGCGGGUCAAUACGCUUCCGCUGGUACCAGGGCUUCUACUCGGGCGGAGUGGCGCCCCCUACCUGGGCGUUGGACAACGUCUACAUCGGGCCGCAGUGCCAGGACAUGUGCAACGGACAUGGGGCAUGCGUGCGGGGCACACACUGCCUGUGCGACCCGGGCUACUCCGGGUCCGACUGCUCGGCGCCCGAGACGCCCAACCCCGACUUCCUGAAGGAGGACUUCGAAGGGGGUGCGUUGCCUUCAGAGCGCUUCACACUGCUAAGUGGAGGGAAGUCCUCUAGGAAGUGUGGCAUUAUGACCAGUGGAAACCACCUGUUCUUCAGCGAGGACGGCCUGCGCAUGCUGGUCACUUCUGAUCUGGACCUGUCCAACGCAAGGUUUGUGCAGUUCUUCCUGCGUCUGGGCUGUGGGAAGGCGGCCCCUGACCCGCGCUCUCAGCCUGUGCUGCUGCAGUUCUCGGUGGACGGCGGGCUGACCUGGAGCCUGAUGCAGGAGUUCCUCUACAGCAACAGCAGCAACCAGGCGCACCUGGUGGCCCUGGAGAUCCCGCUCCGCGCCCGCACCCAGGCCACACGGCUGCGCUGGUGGCAGCCCUCCGAGAACGGACACUUCCACAGCCCCUGGGUCAUCGACAAGGUGGUGGUGGGUGGCAGUGCCAGUGGCUGGGGCCCUCUGGAGGACGACUUCUCGUCCACUGACGGGCGCUCGUGGCUGCUGCACCCGGGCGGUACGCGCAUGCCCGUGUGCGGCUCAGACGGCGAGGCCUUCGCCUUCAUCGAGAAGUCCAACACGCGCUACGGCGUCACCACCGAUAUCAGCGUGGGCCAGGACGCUUUCAUCCAGUUUGACUUCUCCGCCUCCUGCUCUGUCACCAACUCCUGCUACUCUAUUGAGCUGGAGUACUCCCUGGAUCUGGGUCUGUCAUGGCAGCCGCUGGUGAGGGACUGUCUGCCCACGAGUCCAGACUGCUCCUCCUACACCCUGCAGAGAGUGCUGGUCUCCGACACCUACAACAAGUGGGGCCGAGUGACCAUCCCCAUCCCCACUUAUGCCAGGUCUCCAGCCACACGGUUCCGCUGGUUCCAGGAGGCCCCCUUCGACAAGCAGCAGACCUGGGCCCUGGACAACCUCUACAUCGGAGACGGCUGCCCAGACAUGUGCUCUGGCCACGGACGCUGCAAGCAGAGCUCCUGUGUGUGUGACCCAGAGUGGGGCGGUGAGUACUGCGACGAGCCCCAGGUGCAGCUGCCCACCCAGCUGAAGGACAGCUUCAGCCGCGCCCCCGCUCUCACCCACUGGCACCUGCUGACCGGUGGCAAGCUGAGCAGCGUGUGUGGAGCCGUCGCGUCAGGAGCCGCGCUGCACUUCAGCGGGAGCUGCACACGCCAGCUGGUCACUGUGGACCUGAACCUGACCAACGCUGAGUUCAUCCAGUUCUACUUCAUGUACGGCUGCAUGAUCCCACCUAGCAACCGUAACCAGGGCGUGCUGCUGGAGUUUAGCCUGAACGGGGGCAUUAGCUGGAGUCUGCUCAUGGAGAUCUUCUAUGACCAGUACAGCAAACCCGGCUUUGUGAAUGUGCUGCUGCCCCCUGCUGCCCGGCAGGAGGGAGUGCGCGUGCGCUGGUGGCAGCCACAGCAUGAUGGUGCUGACCACGGGGACUGGGCGCUGGACAACGUGCUCGUCUCCGGCUCGGACUCACGCGCCCACAUUUCUGACACCUUCGGCGGUGUGGCCCUGCCCAACCACGAGAGGGCGCCAGCUGACGGUACGCCGUCCAGCCGCAGUUCCACUGAAGAGAUCGAGGCCAGCACAGUGGCUGACCACUGGCUUUUCUCAGAGGACUGUGCGGUGGAGCGCUUCUGCAACUCCCCGGACGGCGUGAUGGCGUGUGGCAAUGUGGAUGGCCGAGAGGUGUACGCCAUCACUCAUGACAUCAUCCCUGACAAGGGCUGGGUCAUGCAGUUCAAGAUUGCUGUAGGCUGCUCACUACCUGAGAGACACGCCGAGAGGCAGGUCCACGUCCAGUACUCGGUGGACUUUGGCGUGACCUGGAAGUACCUGGUGCCCCAGUGCCUGCCGGCUGACCCCAGGUGCGGUGGCCAGGUCUCCCAGCCCUCCGUCUUCUUCCCUGCCGAGGGCUGGAAACGGGCCGUGUUCCCCCUGCCCGACAAUCUGGCCGACACGGCGGUGCGUUUCCGCUUCUUCCAACAGCACUCGGACAUGCAGUGGGCGGUGGAGAACUUCUACAUCGGGCCGGCGUGCGAACGCCACUGUGGGGGUCAUGGCGACUGCCUGGACCAGCGCUGCCUGUGUGACCCCGGCUUCUCUGGACCCAACUGCUACGCCAGCUCACCCCUCAAGGCCUCUCUAAAGGAGCGCUUUGACUGGGAGGGCACCCACGGGCCUCAGUGGCAGGUGCUGGAGGGCGGGCACCCCUGCACCGACUGCGGGGUUCUGGUGGAGGGCACCGCGCUCUACUUCGGCGGGGCCGACGCCAGGCAGGCUGUAACGGCCGACCUGGAUCUCCGUGGAUCCAAGUUUGUGGAGUACUGGGCCAGGAUUGGCAGUGAGGACAACAUGACCAUGUGUCACCGGCCCACCUGCCGCAGGGAAGGGGUGCUGCUGGACUACUCCACCGACGGAGGCGUGUUCUGGACCCUGCUGCAUGAGAUGGACUAUCUGAAGUAUGUGACGGUGCGGCGCGAUUACAUCGUUCUCCCAGAGGGGGCGCUGACCAACGCCACACGCCUGCGCUGGUGGCAGCCCUUUACCGUGUCCUCAGGACUGGCCACGCCCAGUCUGGAGCGUGCCCAGUGGGCCCUGGACAACAUCCUGGUGGGGGGGUCGGACAUCAACCCCAGCAUCCUGCUGGACACGUUUGAUGAUGAGGGAGUUUCUCAUGAGGAGAGUUGGAGUUUCUACCCCAAUGCAGUGCGCACGGCCGGUUUCUGUGGCAACCCCUCCUUCCAUCUGUACUGGCCCAACAAAAACCAGGAUGGAACCCAUAACAUCCUGGCCACCCGGGAACUCAUCGUCCAGCCCGGCUACAUUCUGCAGUUCAAGAUUGUGGUGGGCUGUGAAGCGGACACAUGUGAAGACCAUCACUCUGUACUUUUACAAUACAGGAAGGAUGCCAGGUCAGACUCAUGGCAGUUGGUACAGUCCGCAUGCCUCCCCUCCUCUGUCAACAACGUGGGCUGCUCCCCCUUCCAGUUCCAUGAGGCCACCAUCUACAGCCCAGUCAACAGCUCAGUGUGGACCAGGGUCACCGUCCAGCUCCCUGACCAUGUGUCCUCCGGAGCAACGCAGUUCCGUUGGAUCCAGAAGGAGGGCGCUGGUGAGCGACAUGGCUGGGGAGUGGACCAUGUCUACAUUGGCGAGGCCUGCCCAAACCUCUGCAGCGGGCAUGGGUACUGCACGACCGGAGCUGUCUGCAUCUGUGACGAAGGCCAUCAGGGUGACGACUGCUCGCUGUCCAGCACGGACCUGCCCAGCUCGGUGAAGGACAACUUUGAGUCGGGCACGGUGUCCCAGGAGAGCUGGAGCCUGAUCCAGGGCGGGGGUGUGGGCAGUGGCUGCGGCCAGCUCUCCCCCCACGCCCACGGGGACUCGCUCUACUUCAACGGCUGCAAGAUGAGGCAGGCCGUCACCAAGCCCCUGGACCUCACCAGAGCCAGUAAGAUCAUGUUCGUGCUGCAGAUCGGCAGCGUGUCCCAGACGGACAGCUGCAACACGGCCCUGGAGCAGGAGGACGCAGUGGACCGGGCCGUGCUGCUGCAGUACAGCAUCAACAACGGGGUCAGCUGGCACGUCAUCGCCCAGCACCAGCCCAAAGACUUCAUCAAGGCCCAGAGAGUCUCCUACAACAUCCCCCUAGAGGCGCGUGUGAAGGGGGUGCAGCUGCGAUGGUGGCAGCCGCGGCAUGACGGAGCGGGCCAUGACCAGUGGGCGCUGGACCACGUGGAAGUCGUCCUAGUCAGCACCCGCAAACAGAACUACAUGAUGAACUUUGCCAGGCAGACCGGACUCCGUCACUACUACAACCGGAAGAGGCGGGCACUGCGGCAGCGCGCCUAGAACCCAAUAGGUCAACAGCAAGGUUCUGACCUGCCAAUCACACAUAAACCUGCACACCACAUCUUUUCCUUGUUGACAUAGCAACUACGCCCUGUCGAAUCCCACCCUCCAGUGGAUUCCAGUCAGCCUUAGACCAUCCCACCCUCUCUUUGACAGACACAUGGGCCAUCCAAUCCGUUUUUUCAGCUGCAGCCAAUCAAAGCCUUCUAAAGGAGGUUCACAGGAAGGAGAAGAGCAACAACAGAAGUGGCCAUUUUGUUUACCUUGUUCAUGGACUCUCGAGUUUGUUUUUUAUUGAUUAUUGCUGUUGAUAUUUUUAUUUCUCCUGUUCAAGUUGUGAUAAUGCCCCCAUCUCCUGGCUCUGUCCCUCUCACCCUUCCUCCUAACACACUGUGAAGUUCUAUGAUAUCACUGGUCAUGGUGAUGAUGAAGAUGAUGACGAUUAUGAUGAUGAUGAUGAUGAUGAUGAUGAUAGUUAUGAUGAAGAGGAGGGUGAUAGUUAUGAUGAAGAGGAGGAUGUGGCUGUGGAGUUUUGACUGAGCUGGAGCAGACAUCUCCAGCAGUCUGAUCCCGGGGCCCAGAGGAAGUGAAAGACCAUGGCAAAGUGUUGAAGCAGUGUUGAAGAAGGAUACCAGUGAUGAAGAUGUGUUGAAGAAGGAUACCAGUGAUGAAGAUGCUAUAAAGAGUACUGUGUUUCUUGCUGUUCUGUGUGUCUGUGGAUUAUUUUUUGUGAUGAGUUGACUGUGGUGUUGCGUUCAUUCGUUGAUUAGUUUUAUACUAAUUCUGAUACUUUUGGGGUUUGUUUACUUUCUAUCGUUUAUCCGGGAUGGAUGAAUGAGGGCCGAGGGGAAGCCCACGCCUCGGGAGCGUUAAGAAGGAAGGAACGAAAUACAGGGGGGACAAAAAAAGAAGAAAAAAAACACAAAAAUAAAGACUGAUCAAUGAUUUUUUUUUUUGUUGGUUUUUAUUAUUUUUUAUAUAUGUUGGUUCCCAAAAUACAGAUAUUUAUGGUAAAUGGUUCUCCAUGUAACCUAUUUAAGAUGCACUGUGUGUGACAUGUCUGUUAUUUUCUAGUGUUAAGUUAUUAGGCAGUCGAGUCCGACUCUCCGACUGCAGUGAGCAACCCAACCCACCCCACCCCGCCCCACCCCAUCCACCUCCUGCCCCGCCAGCCCCCUACUCUUCUCUUGUGAUGUUACCUCCUCUCCCAUGUGCCCCUGCCCCUGCCCCUCUCCCCUUCUGCCCCUCUCUGUUAAGUUCUGGUACCUGGAGGUGAGGACUGCCCUGUUAGUGUUGUUUUUUGAAGUCUGUGUAACAUGGACCCGCCCCUCUCAGUGUAGCUCCAGUAUAGCACUCUCCUGUAUAUAUAUGUAUAUCCACCAUGGGAAGACCCAGCCGCCUUAUUAAAAGGGAAAUAAAGAACUGUCCAAACCUCCAAA